AUGCUAGAAUCCCCGUCUUCACAGCACAGUCAGCCCCGGCUCCACUCUUGGCCCUGCAAGGACACCCUUGCGGGCCGAGAAACUUCAGGCAACUCACGUCCCGGCAGCCAUAUGGCCAGCCAGGGAUCCGAGGAAGAUCCAGAUUUCAAUCCAGCUGGUUUGACUGAGAGGGUCACUUAA